AUGGAACGCAUAGUGGCAUUGUCGGCGCUGAACAAAACAACUACACCGGAAGAGGCCGCGAUCUUAGAUUCUUUGAACUGUUUCCCCAUGCUGGACCCCGUAGAUCCGAAAAUGUGGUUCCAAAACCUGGAGGCGCAAUUCGCGGCGAACAAUAUAGACGGGGACGCGACGAAAUUUUGGUUCAUCGUCACGAAGCUGGGACCCAUGCAGGUGAAAGAGAUAACGGAUAUCGUGAACCAGCCCCCCAAAGAGAACAUGUAUUCAACGUUGAAAAAAGAGUUGAUACGGCGACUGUCGACUGCGCAAGUACAGCGAAUCUCCCAUCUACUGGAACGCGAGGAGGUAGGAAACCGCACACCGUCGCAAUUUUUGAAGCAUAUGAGGACACUGGCUGGACAAUCUUUCCCGGAGGACAAGCUACGUUCGAUAUGGAUAAGCAGAUUGCCGGUCCCGAUGCAAGACAUUCUGGCUACGCAGAACGACGUUCCGCUUAAGAAAGUCGCCGUACUCGCGAACAAGUUGCUAGAGAAGGCGUUGUACUGUCAAAAGAGCCAGGUGAACGAUAUCUUGAAGGAGAUCGAAGCCCUUAGGAAGGAGAUUGUGGAACUUCGCCGGAUCGUGGAGGAAGUGUUACGAGGCCAGAGUUCGAGCGUCAAUCCAGCACGUCAAGGCACCGCGGAUGAGAACUCGAGUACGGCGAAGGUACAGACAAAAAUGAUGGACGCCGUGUGUUGGUACCAUCAGAAAUUCGGUAAGCGGUCGACGAGAUGCAUCGAACCUUGCGAUUUUCCUAUGUCCAGCGAAGCUGAUCGUUCUUAA